AUGGAACCAAAACAGAACCAUCCACCGUCGGAAAUCAAGGAACAGGUAGAGAUACGACCUCAGAGACCAAAGAGUAAGACCACCAGAGGAAUCAGGAGCAGGGGGAGUUCUUCGUUAACGGAAAGACCUCACAGCAAGUUCUACUACUUCUGGUACUUUGCUAACACCAUCUGGGCAGUGCUGGCGUUUCCGCUGGGACUCAGCGCCAUUUCGUUCGUUCGAAGUCACAGAAAGCAAAACGUCACCACAACACCCUCACCAGUAGCUAUAGAGCCCGUUGCAUCCGCUCAAACCAGAACCAGACUGCUAGCUGCCGGUCCAAAAACUCUUGGCUUUCGAAAGUCGAAGAACGUUGAAAUGGGUCAGUCAGUAAAGAGCUGCAACAGGGAACGAUUGCCUCUGAACAAAACUUGGAGGCCACCCUUCACAGAUUUUGUAGAAGAUUAUCCUUACGUGGAGCCUGUCAAGGGGCCCGUGUUCUGCGUCUUCAACCACAGCAGCUACAAGCGGCACCAGGACUGGGCCUUCCGCACGGGCUACAUCAACGGACAUCUUUGCACGCAUGUCAUCUACGCGUCGGCGAUGAUCUCCGAGGACGAACUUGUCAGCGCUGACCCGGCAUUCGACAUAGUCAAGGAGGGAUUCAGAAACCUGGCCCUUCUUAAGUCCAGGUACGCGCACUUGAAGGUUCUAGUGUCCUUCGGUGAGUACGAGAGGGACACUGCAAUUCUGAGCCUGUUGACGUCAUCUCCGACGAGGCGAACUGCGUUUGCGCUAAACGUGCGGGCGUGGCUCAAUGAAUACGACUACGACGGAGUCAACGUGCACUGGAUGCACCCCGCAGGUCGGUGUGGAUCUUCCGAAGAUUCACCAAGUUUGGUGAAAAUGGUCGAAAAGCUAAGGUCUGUCAUGGACAAAAACUACACUAUCUCUUUAACUUUUACGUCUUCGGCAACUCUACGCAAACGAGGCUACGAUUUGCGCGGCUUUGUUCACGCUGUCGACCACUUCAUCGUACAAACACAUGACCUGUACGACUCAACCUCAGCUACGGUACACUGUGCCUGUCCAUACUCGAAUGGCGAGUGGUCCUUAUCACGCGUUCUCGCCGAAGUGACAACCGAACUUAAGGAAGUCGCUGCGACGAAACUUUGCUUCGGUGUCUCUUUGGGCGGGAUUUCAUUCCGUAUACGCGGGAUCUCUUCCGCGCAAGGUUCCAGACAGAAGUUCGAUAAGGAGUACGGUGUUGGGAUGGAGGGAGAAUACACUCGCACGAGGGGCAGACUGGCCUUUUACGAAGCCUGUUCGAUGAAAAACGUUGAGUCGUUCCUGGACUUCAGGGAACUGUGCUCCUUCAUGGUGCGAGAGCAUCACUGGAUCGGAUACGAGACUCCCCUUUCGCUCGCUUCAAAAUUGUCCGAGGUGUUUCGGAAGUUCGGCGUCUCCUGCGUCGCGGUGUGGGACAUCGACAUGGACGACUUUAAGGGAGCCUGCAAGCUUGGACAGACACCUUUGCUCAGCGCUGUCAACAGAGAAGUCGCAAAUGCAGCAUAA